AUGCCGAAACGAAAGAAGCAGAACCAGCCGCAGCCGCCGCAGCAUCUCGCACUGUCCGAGCGGGACGAGCCUGGAGACGAGGAGGACGAGCGCCCCAUGGUGCAGCCUUCUGUGAACUACUCCCCCGAGGGAAGGAGAGGAGAAAAAAACUAUGAUGGGCCAACAGUUAAGGACCACCCAGCCUUCUGGGCCCUCCCCCCAUGGCUAACGGAAAGCCUGGUGAUCCCAAGUCAGGUGAGGAGAAAUUGGGCCGUGAUUCGUGUUUUAAGCCCUGGAGAAGAGACGGAGGAAAAUCAAAGACUUAAAAAUCCAGGGAUUGGGGUUGGGGAUUUAGCUCAGUGGUAGAGUGCUUGCCUAGGAAGCGCAAGGCCCUGGGUUCGGUCCCCAGCUCCGAAAAAAAGAAAAAGGAAAGAAAAAAAAAAAAUCCAGGGAUUGUGUACCUAAGUGAGGAAUCAUAUGUUAACCGUUUGGAAACAGUGUUGUCAAAAUGUUACUUUCUUCCAGAUUAACUCCUAGGUCUAUCUCUAGUUUGUGUGUUUAGAAAUAAACGAUCAGGGUUGGGGAUUAGCUCAGUGUAGGGCGCUUGCUAAGGCCCUGGGUUCGGUCCUCAACUCUGAAAAAUAAAAUAAACGAUCUCUGUUUUAGAGGCUCUAAAUGGAAUACUACCAAGACCAAAACAAGAGGGCAUAGCAAGAUUUGGUAAAAAGCUGCAGUAGCUAUGACAUGGUGGUCUUCACAGAAUAUCAACAUAAAGUUUUUUGGUUUUUUUUUUUGGGGGGGGGGGUUGGUUUUUUUUGUUUUUGUUUUUUUUGGUUCUUUUUUUUCCGGAGCUGGGGACCGAACCCAGGGCCUUGCGCUUGCUAGGCAAGCGCUCUACCACUGAGCUAAAUCCCCAACCAAACAUAAAGUUUUUAAUACUUGAGAGACUGGUGGAAGAUCAGGAGUUCCUGGCCAGCCUCACCUACAUAGCAAAUUUGAGACCAGCUAGCCUGGGCUACAUGAGACCCUGUCUGAGAGGAAUCAGAGGCCUCUAGACACAUGAACAUGGAAUUCUGUGUAAAGGUGAAAUCAAAGAAGUGGUUCUGAGUAAGCAGUGUUGUCUCAACUGGACAUCCUUUGUGUAGAAGUAGGAACUUCAUUAGAAAUACUGAUUUUGGGCUGGAGAGAUGGCUCAGCGGUUAAGAGCACUGACUGCUCUUCCAGAGGUCCUGAGUUCAAAUCCCAGCAACCACAUGGUGGCUCACAACCAUCUGUAAUGAAAUCUGAUGACCUCUUCUGGUGUGUCUGAAGACAGCUACAGUGUACUUAUAUACAAUAAAUAAAUAAACCUUUAAAAAAAAAAAAAUACUGAUUUUGGGGGUUGGGGAUUUAGCUCAGUGGUUAGAGCGCUUGCCUAGGAAGCGCAAGGCCCUGGGUUCGGUCCCCAGCUCCGAAAAAGAACCAAAAAAAAAAACAAAAAAAAAAAAAAACUGAUUUUUGUCAUGGUAGUCAUACCAGACAAACAUGGGUUCUAAGCAGACUGUAAACAUUCUUACAAAAAAUAACGAGUCUCACAGCCUUAGACAGCAUGGCACAGCCUAGCCAUAGGGGCAGCAGGAAAGGUAAGAGUUCAGUGUUAGCCUGGCCUGUCUAUGUAAGACACCCGUCUGUACUAGUAAAACUGGGAGGGGGGUGUGGUACUGGGGAGGUGGUCCAGUUGAUUACUUACUUCAAAAGCAUGUAAAAAACAGCUGGGCCCAACACCAUGAUAAGGCAGAGGUAGACAGACUAGGGCUUGCUGGCUAGUAAGUAUGGCUGACUAAGAACAUUCCAGGUCCAGUGAGACCCUGUCAGCCUCUGGCCUCUGUGGAUACACACAUGUAUAUUAGUUGUAAAGGCAGUAUUUAUAAGCGAAUUACAUCAAAUAUCUCCCUCUCCCUCUCCUCCCCCUCUCCCUCUCCUCUCGCCUCUCUCUCUGCCUCUACUACUCUCUUGACUCCCCUCCCCAUGUCCUGAAUAAACUCUAUUCUAUACUAAAAGAAAAUUAAGACCAAGCACAGUAGCCUAUGUCCACAAUUUUGGAGGGUGAGGCAGGAGAAUUAUGGUAUCAUGAGGCUACAUAGAGACCUAUUUAAGAAAGCAAAUAAGUCCAGCUCCACUUCUGGGUUUAUAGUUACAAGAAAUGAAAGCAUAGUCUUUGGAGAUUUGAGUUUUUGUUCGACUUUGUUGGGUUUUGGUUAAUUUAUUUAUUUAUUAGCAACAGGGCCUCGUUGUGUAGCCUUGGCUGUUGGGAACUCACGAUACAGACCAGACCAGACUGGCAUGCAGAGAGAAUCUGCCUGCCUCUGCUUUCCAACUUCUUGGAUUAGGCAACACCAGGCUUGUCUUUUUGGAUUUGUUAUGUAGCCCAGGGUGCCAUCAAUCUAACAAAAUAUAUGCACUCAGUGGAAUAUUGUUUUGUCUUAAAAGGAAGAAAAUGGCAUUAGUGCCGCAUCAUGGGUGGGCCUGAGCACACUGUAUUAAGAAAAUGGGCACAUGAGGGUAAACACAUGAGCUGUCGGGAGUCAGACUCACAGAACAAUCAGGGUGUGAGUUACUAGGGCUGUUAGAGAUGUAAAGAAAGGGGUGGUUAGAGGUUUCUGUUUGGUCUCUGGUUUACAGUACAGGGCCCUGGGAUUCUGUUUCCCAACAGUUACUUACAGUAUUGAAUCUUACACUUAAUAGUUGAGGUGAGUCAGGCUGACAAGAUGGCUCUACAGGUAAAAGUGCCUGCCCCCAAGCCUGACAACCUGACUUUAAUCCUUGGCCCCAAGUAGUACAGGAUCCAAACUCAACGACUUGUCUCUCUGUCACACAUGCAGCACGAUACCUGUACACACAUCCCUAACACCCACAUAUGAGAUCUAAAGUUUUAGAAAUCUAUUUCUUCAGGCUAAAUAUAAGUGGAUUGCUGUUAGAGAGGACCCGAGGUUCAUUUUCAGCGGCCCACGGUCUAGUGGAAGUAGGCAGCAGACAGGGCUAGUUCCAACACCCUUUUUUGGUCUGCAAGGACACCACACGCAUGUGAUAUGUGAGCAUACAUAUUCUUGUUUCUCACAUACAACAAAUGAACCGAAUGAGAAAGGCUGACCCUUGGAAUGCUUGGAAGCUGUAGCGCCCGCCACCUCUGAGGGGGCUGUAUAAGUUGAUACACCACUAAGAUUAAAAUUAAAUUAAAAGUUAAGAUUAAAAUUGAUUACACUGUUCUUACUGAGCAAUUCCUCUGCCACAUGUAGUCUGAACAGAAACUUAUACUACACAUAGAAAUGUUCGUAGCGGGGCUGGGGAUUUAGCUCAGUGGUAGAGCGCUUACCUAGGAAGCGCAAGGCCCUGGGUUCGGUCCCCAGCUGUGAAAAAAAGAAGCAAAAAAAAAAAAAAGAAAUGUUCGUAGCAUUGUUUAUUGUGGCCACACACUUAAUACCCACAUGUCCAUCCUCAGUAGAGCACAUAAGUCCGUGUAAUAGGAUGCUAUACUUUUUUUUUUUUUAAAGAUUUAUUCAUUUAUUAUAUAUAAGUACACUGUAGCUGUCUUCAGAUACACCAGAAGAGGGCAUCAGAUCUCUUUACAGAUGGUUGUGAGCCACCAUGUGGUUGCUGGGAAUUGAACUCAGGACCUCUGGAAGAAUAGUUGGGUGCUCUUAACCGCUGAGCCAUCUCUCCAGCCUGGAUACUAUACUUUUAAAUUUAAAAAAUCAUCUACUACUGGCCCAGACAAGUUGACUCUCAUGAUUAUCAGAAGAGCCCAGAGUUAGAGCCAGGAAGAUCCACAACCUGUCAUGUUAGAAGUCAGGAUGGUGGCAACUUUCCAGGAGAGGAAAGGCCAUAUAGAAGGAUGGCUUUUCUGAGGCUGGAGAUUUAGCUCAGUAAUAAAGAGUAGUCAGUUGCCUAGUAUAUACAAGGUCCUAGGUUCAGUUCCCCACACCAGGGGCUAAAAAGCGCCAAGAAAGCGUAUCUCUGUGUAUGGGCAAUAGAAACCCAGGGGAAGAGGUAGUAGUUGGUUUGCGUACUUAAAAGCGGUGUGUCAGGGGCUGGGGAUUUAGCUCAGUGGUAGAGCGCUUACCUAGGAAGCACAAGGCCCUGGGUUCGGUCCCCAGCUCCGAAAAAAAGAACCAAAAAAAAAAAAAAAAAAAGCGGUGUGUCAGAGAGCUUUGCUGUAUGUAGUGAGCAGGGGAGGGGCUUUUGUCAGGACUGAGGGGCUUCUGCCCAGCAAUCACCUCCCUGUCUUUCUCUCUGUAGUUUUCCACAGGGGUCCUCCAGGAUCAAGGGGACCAAUGAUUCCACCACUGCUGAGUCUCCCACCUCCUCCCCGGGGUAGAGGCCACAUUCGGGGAGGCCUUGGUCCUCGGUCUAGCCCAUACGGUCGUGGUUGGUGGGGUGUCAAUACUGAACCUCCUUUUCCUGGGCCAGGCCAUGGGGGUCCUUCUAGGGAAAUCUUUUACCAAGAGCCAAGAAAUCCAAGAAGGCUCAAAAGCUGGUCUCUUGUCAAGAACACCUACCCACCUAAGGACAGCCCCCCGAUGAUGGAAGGUAAGGCCCACUUUGUUAUGUUUGUGCCGUGGCCUGUAUACCAGCAGGCCUGGGAAUCUUCUCCUUUAGGCUCUCACUGAGCAGCACUGAGAAUUAAUGCAGGGCCUUACCUGUAUUGAGGAGUCCUCUAGCGCUGAACUACCAGCUUCUUAGCUGCCUCAAGAGGUACCAAUAGCCCUGAACACUUUUCUUCCCUCAGAAAGACUGUCUUUCCAAAAUACUUGGUGAUCUGGGAGUCUUGCUCAGUGAUUGAACAAGGUGUGCAUCAUGCCUGAGGCCCUGUGUUCUAUCCCUAGCACCAAAAGUAGAAAGAAAAAGCCAAAAUACUUGUAAACAGUAUAUGGUAGAAACCUUGGCUUUCUCUCUGCAUUCUAUACAUUUUCUUUCUUAGGAUUUUUAGGGCAUCAAGUUGGAAGAGUUGUGUUUUAUUAGGGGUGGGUGGACAAGUUGACCUCAAACUUGUGUCUUCUGUCUCGGCCUCUGAAGGCUGGGGCCAUGGUGUGAGCCUCCUCACCCAGCUCUCAAAAGGUUUUAAGCUGCUGUUUUCCCUUAUUCACAGACAAAUCUGACCGCCCUGUCUGCCGACACUUUUCUAAGAAGGGCCACUGUCGAUAUGAAGACCAUUGUGCCUUCUACCAUCCAGGCGUCAACGGACCUCCUCUGUAAGACUGUGCCUUCCCACCCAGGCUGGAAGGAGCCCUCUGACCUAGUGGCCAUGCAUUCUCUGUGGCUCCAUUAUAGCUACUUGAAGGCUCUUCUGUCACCUUCAGGCAGUGGCACGUCCACCCCUUUCAUCAUCUCUCCCAUUUGGGGUCCAGAGCUGUGACUGUCACUGGUGCACAGUACACACUGUCCUCUGAUCCAGGCUGUAGAGACCUUCAGGACCCCAUCUUGCUACCUUCCACUGCCUCCUGGAUCUUCCCCUCUGCCAAAUGACUGCUCCACAGGAAACCUUUGGUGCUGUUUCUUGUGCAUUUGUCCACCUCUCCCUCAGUAUUGCCCUCAGUUCCCAAGAACCCUGGAGCAGUCUCUUAUCCUCUAGCUGCUUGUUUUAAGUCCUUUCACGUAAAACCCCAGUGUUUGCAGCUGCCAGGAAGUGCACUAGGUUUUCCGGCUUGAGGUUGAGUUUGAGUGACUGGUACAGACUUGCUCCCUAAACAGCCUCCACCUGCUUUUGGACGUCCUAGUUUCUGUCCGUAGCAUGAGCCCCACCGCUAAGGCCUGUGGUCACUGUGCUUUGUGAAACUGUACGCCCCUUGUAGCCUUCCUCGGUGUCUGUGGCGUUUUUUGUGACUUCCCAACACUAGAGUAAGUUUUUCUGCCAAAUCAAGUGAGGCUCUUGGUGCCCUCUAGAGUUCACCUACCUCCCAAAACGGGAGGAUGUGAGACAUCUUCAGACUGCCUCCCCGUCGUGCCCUCCUGUUCUGUGCCCUCUGGUAUUCUGGGUCUGACACAGGCCAGUGAUGUCUUGGAAAGCUUCCGACGGGCCUCCCAACACAGCUCCUGCCUGACCCGUUUUAGUUAGGCUGUCAUUGUGAGGCCACCAGCCCUUUGAUUUGACUUUGUGAAUCUCCGCCUGUCUCUGGAUGGAACCUGAACAGUACUGUCUGUCACCUCUCUGACCCUCUUACUUCCCUCACACUGGGUGUUUUCUGUGAAAACAGCAGUGAACAUGUUGGGUUUUGAACAGGCCCUAAGGAAGUGGGUCAGGAGGUAUGUGUGCAAGAGGAGAGAGAGCGCUAGAACUAAGAAUGAUUUUGUUUUCUUUUUAAUUUUUUUUAUAUUAGUAAUAAACACAGUGGAAACCGG